AUGAGAGAUCUCACUCUCAGUGCUCUCUAUCGGGCAGCACGUCGUGGGGAUGUACAAGCUUUGGAGCAUUUGUUGCAGCAAAACGCAUCAAUCCUUGACAACAUUCCACAUGAUGGUUGUAAAACUCCCUUACACAUAUCUGCACUGCUUAAUCAUGCUUCAUUCACACAGGUUCUUCUGAAUCGUAAUGGUGACCUUGCCACUAGAAAGGAUGCUUCUGGAAGAACAGCCCUCCACUUGGCUUCUGCGGAGGAUAACUUGGAGGCCGUGCAGGCACUGCUUGAAUUUAAUGAUGAGCCAUGCUUGGCUGCUGAUGGAAAAGGAAGACUUCCUCUGCACUAUGCGGCUAUGAGGGGGAGGACACAAGUUGUGGAAGCGUUGGUCAUAGCGCAGCCAGAUUCUCUGGGUCGUCUUGACCUAGAAGGAAACACUGUUUUUCACUUGUGUGUCAUAUAUAACCAUUUCAAGACUCUACAAGCAUUGGUGAAAUUGAACUAUGUCACUGCCGAUGUUACUGUAGGCACGGGUGCUUCCAUCUUUACACUCCCUGAUCGUACGGGAAACACCAUUCUCCAUUUAGCCGUCAUGUACAUGCGAGAUGAGGCUGUAAGGUAUCUGCUAUCAAUUCCAGAAAGAAGAGAAUUAGAAAGGGCGCAGAACGGGAAAGGCCGUACAGCCUACGAUAUCCUCGAACGUAGUCCAGAAGACUGGAAAACCGCCGAAAUGAAACUCAUCAUGUUGACAAAGGACCACGUUGGCAAUUCAGAAACAUCGACUGUUGGAGACUGCUUUAAGAAGACUUUCAGAUGGAUACAAAAUCGGUUCAAUCAUGGGGGUAAUACUCAUUGGUUAGACGAGAUGAGGGGAAACCUGAGUGCGGCAUCUAUUUUCAUAUCAACUGUAACCUUUCAAGCUUUAAUUAAUCCACCAGGAGGCUUCAUUCAACAAGGCUCAUCAUCAUCUGAAGACAAUAAUACCACCUCAUCAUCUGAACACUCGAAUACCACCUUACCACCAUCUACGCCCCUCAGCUGCAUGAAUCUUUCUAAAGGACAAUAUUGUCCUGGGGAAGCACUCUCAUCCUUUGGUCACCAAAAUCCAUUUACAUGGUAUGUGGUAUGCCUUACUAUCUCUUUCUAUGCGUCACUUUGUGUCACUCUCUUGCUUGUAAGUGGAGUUCCUUUGCAGAAUAGCGCUGCCAUAUGGAUUCUAUCCAUAGGCAUGUCUCUCACUCUCUUCUUUCUUGCACUUGCAUUCAACUUUGCCGUCGCAAUUAUGGUCCCAGAUCAUAUUUAUGACGACGUAGUGUUCAGCUUCUGUAUUGCUGCAUUAGCUGUCUGGGUUUGUGAGUUUCUCCUUCUAAUUGGGUUGUUUAACGCACUGCGCUUUCUCAUUUGGAUAGUGAAGAAAUGUUGCCGGAUUAUCAACAAGUUAAAAAGACUUUGCUGCUGA